GUUUCCUUCGGUGGAGCCACUUGUGCGCGACCCAGGGUUGGGGGUAGGGGCCGGAGGUGGUGCACCAGGCAGCUUAUCUGGGUACCCCUUCCCCUUCCUUCUAGCUUGUCUCCUUCCUCCCCUUUCGAGGUCCAGGGAGUUUGGGGGGGCGGGAACGCCUCCCGCGCGAGCCCCGCCCCGCCCUCCUCCCCGCCUCGCCCCGCCUCCGGCCCACGGGGCCAGGAAGGGCGGAAGGGACCGCCGGGGGCCAUGGACGGGGCCGUGAUGGAAGGGCCGCUGUUUUUGCAGAGCCAGCGUUUCGGUACCAAGAGGUGGAGGAAGACCUGGGCGGUGCUCUACCCGGCCAGCCCCCACGGUGUCGCGCGGCUCGAGUUCUUUGACCACAAGGGGUCGAGCUCUGGAGGGGGCCGAGGGAGCUCGCGCCGCCUGGACUGCAAGGUGAUACGUCUGGCUGAGUGUGUGAGCGUGGCCCCCGUGGCCGUGGAGAGCCCCCCUGAGCCUGGCGUCGCAGCUUUCCGCCUGGACACCCCACAGCGUUCCCACCUGCUGGCGGCCGACGCGCCGUCCAGCGCCGCCUGGGUGCAAACGCUGUGCCGAAACGCCUUUCCGAAAGGCAGCUGGGCCCUGGCACCUGCCGAGAACCCACCCAAGCUUUCUGCCCUGGAGAUGCUGGAGAAUUCACUGUAUAGCCCCGCCUGGGAAGGAUCCCAGUUCUGGGUAACCGUGCAAAGGACUGAAGCCGCUGAGCGUUGUGGCCUGCAUGGCUCCUAUAUGCUGAGAGUGGAGGGUGAGAGGCUGACUCUCCUGGGCGUGGGGGCCCAGAGUCAGAUACAGGAGCCACUCCUUUCCUGGCCUUACACUCUGUUGCGUCGCUAUGGCCGAGACAAGGUCAUGUUCUCUUUUGAGGCUGGCCGCCGCUGCCCCUCUGGCCCUGGAACCUUCACCUUCCAGACGGCACAGGGAAAUGACAUCUUUCAGGCAGUUGAGACUGCUAUCCACCGACAGAAGGCCCAGGGAAAGGCCAGCCAGGCGCAGGAUGUUCUCAGAGCUGAUUCCCAUGAAGGAGAAGUGGCAGAAGGGAAGUUGGCUCCCCCCCGGGGCCCCCAGGAGCUCGCAGGCAGCCCUCCAGCCCUGUAUGCUGAACCCUUAGACUCCCUGCGCAUUCUUCCAGGCCCUUCCCAAGAUUCCGUAUACUCAGACCCCCUGGACAGCACCCCUGCUCAGGCAGGGGAGGGGUUACAGUUAAAGAAACCUCUCUAUUGGGACUUGUGUGAGCAUGUGCAGCAGCAGCUGAUAAAGGCCAAGUUGACAGACCCCAAAGAAGACCCCAUCUAUGAUGAACCUGAGGGCCUGGCCCCAGCUGCUCUCCGGGGCCUUUAUGAUCUGCCCCAGGAGCCCAGGGAUGCCUGGUGGUGCCAGGCUCGGGUGAAGGAGGAGGGCUAUGAGCUCCCCUACAACCCUGCUACUGAUGACUACGCCGUGCCACCCCCACGGAGCACAAAGCCCUUCCCAGCUCCCAAGCCCCAGGGCCUGGCCUUCUCUGAACCCGGUGCUGCAGCUGGCAGUGGCAGCAAAGGCCAUAGCUCAGACACUGCCCUGUACAGCCAGGUCCAGAAGAGUGGGACCUCAGGUAGCUGGGACUGUGGGCUCUCUGGAUCAGGGACUGACAGGACUGGGGCCAAGUCAGAGGGCUCCACAUGAGAAGAAGGGCAAGGCUGGGGUUGCUGAUAGGAGGACCAUGGGGAGGUGGCACUGGGGAUCAAAGAAACCUGUUAGAACCAGCAGGAACCAGAGGGGUCUGUGUGUAGAGACCAGGGUACAAGGGGAGUCAAGGGGAGGAUGAUCUGUCCCAAGAAGUCAUGGAAGUGGGACAGUUGGCAGGGGCUCAGGGAUUGGAUCUGGGGGAGGCCAGCACCUCUAAGUCAUCCCCACCAAAGGAAGGGAUAGCUGCUGGAGCAGUACUAUAGAAAGGGGUGUUUGGUCAGAGUAGGUACAGUUUGAGGGGCCUGUAUGGAGGCUAUAGGGAGACACUGGGCUGUGUCUUGAUCCUUCCCCCUGCAUUGUUCUUUGCCAGAGAGAGAUAUUUUUUUAAAGUUUUAUCCUCAUUAAAGUCAGUUUGGGUUUAAGAGGUCUAUGUGUGUGAAUAGUCACAGAGGGGACAGAGUGGCAGGAUGUGCUGGGUAGAUGUGGAGGGGAUCAGGAGGAGAACCAGGAAGGUGUUGGGGGCCGCUGAAGGAGGAAAGGGCCUCAGGCAGGGGGGUCAAGCAGUGCGGUCGUUCAGAGCCUGGGUGGUCCAGUCAGGCCCACCUGGGCUUGACCCUAUCUCUGUGACCCUGUGUGUAACAUCUGUAACCCUCAGUUUCCCCCACUGCCCCUGUGCAAAAUGGGAAAGCUUAAUUACACGUACAACCUCACAGGGUUUUUAUGAAAGGAGUUAAAUUUCUCAAGUACAUAAUACGAUUUGAAGUGCAGAGUAAGCAUUGUAUAAAUGGUAGUUAUUAUUCUGUGGAUGGAGAAAGCUGAUGGGCAGGUAUGAGGAGAGGGGAAUAGGAAGGGAAUAGGUCUUUUUCACACCAUCCUCUCCCCUGUUCUCAGCUCUAGGAUGCCUUCCCUCCCCCUUGUCUCACACAGCGAGGCACACACACACACGCACACAUGCACACACGCACGCACGUGUGCACACUUGGCAUGUAGGUACCAAGCAUCAACCACUUAUCUGUUUGGAGGCUGAAGGGAAUUGCAGUGUGGUGGGUGUAGUGGGAGGGGCACGGGCUUUGGAAUGCGGUUUCGAUUUCAAUCCUGCUUGUUUUUCAUGAGCUCUGAAAACCUCAUCCUUGUCUCCUGAGGUUCAGUUUCCUGAUGGUGACCUGACUUCAUCCACCUACUUACACAGAGCUACAAGGAGAAAAUCGGGCCUGGGAAUGCUCCUAACAGUGGUGGAGACUUACUGGUUAUUUAAUCUUCAUUUGUGUUAACAGUAUCAAAUGAUCCAAAAGAAAAAUGAGUCCCUGCUUGCAGAAGGGAAAGGGUCGGUGUGUCUCUUCCCAGCCUGAAGAGUGGGGCAGUUGGCAGCACUGAGGACAGAGGAGGGUAAGGCUCUGUUUCCCAGCCACCUGGAGCUCACAGAGGCUCAGGUGGAUAGGAGGCAAGUCUGUCCACAGAAAGCCAUUGUGUGAGCCUUGGCAUGGAUGUGCUUGCACAGGGCAGCUGGGCUAUGGUGCUGGUGACUUAGGGCCCUGAGGGAUACUCCUCGUCUGCCUCCUCCUCCAUCUCCUCCUCCUCCUCCAUGGAAGGCUGGAAGAAGACAUCCGAGGAAGCUUUGCUGGGUGCUGGCAUCUUGGGGGCUCUGCCAGGGGCUGGAGUCAUAGGCAAAGGGGCCACUGUGGCUCGAACUCGAUUUAUUUGCAGUGGCCCGGCCUGCAAAGAAAGCAAGAAGAGCUUUCUGUGAAGACCAGACGGUUCCCAAUCUUCUGUCCCAUUCCCUGCUGGGCCUUCUGUCCUAACUCCUUCAUGUGUCCUGUGAGUGACAGCCUCAAGGCCCAGGGCAGUGGAGUCCCCUAGGCUCCAGCCUCCACAGUGCCUGUCUCCUGGCUAAGUGUCCUCCUCUGUUUGCUCGUCCACCAGCUAACUUGUGGUCGGUUCUGUUCCCACCUCUAGACUGACUGUAGUUUGAAAACAUCUUUCUCUUGUAACUUCAGCUAAGACAAAGUGGGGGUUUUCCUAUAGGCUCUGUUAUUGAGAAACAAGGAAAAGAUUAAUAAGGGCACAAAAGGAAGCCCAAAUACUAUAGAACAUGGAUUUCAUAAAAAUAAAUACCCCCUGGGACUUC